AGAGCCAGAGAGAGGGAAAGAGGACCGACAAACCAGAGGAAGAAACGGGUGGACACCGAAACCUCAACACGAGAGAGAGAGAGAGAGAGAGAGAGAGAGAGAGUCACCAGAUCUGAAGAGGAACGUGGAUCUUCUCGCAUAUUCAGUUCCGUAGCAGGCUGAGGGCUACAGAGGCACAAUGAGGAGGCAGUGCAGUGGCAGACUGAGGUGAGGGGGCAGUAGGGACUUCUAGGGUUAGUGGGGGGGCUCAGGUAAUACGGGGCAGUAGGGGUAGUAGGUCUGCUGUCUGAGGUGAAGGGGCUGCAAAGGGGAAAGUAGGUGUAGGGAGUAGUCGAGGGCAUUGGGGAGCAAUAGAGGGCAGUAGAUGGGAAAGUAGGGGCACUAGGGGGCAUUAUAGGUGUAGUAAUGAGGCAGUAAAGUGCAGUACAGAUAAUUAGAGUGGCAGCAGAUGACAGUGGGGGGGGGCAUUAAAGGGCAUUGGGGCAAUUAAAGGGGGGAAUUAGAAGGUAAAGGGCAUGAGGGGGCAUAGAGGGCAUUAGGGUGGCCCUAGUGGGCGGGUAGGACCACUGGGUGGCAGUAAAGGGCAUUAUGGUAGUAGUAACAGGCAUUAGGGAGGCAGUAUAAGGCAGAAAAGGGCAUUAGGGAUGCAUUAGAAGGCUGUAAAGGGCGUUAGGGUUGCUGUAGAGGGCAGUAAAGGGCAUUAGGGUAGCUGUAAAGGGCAUUAGGGAGGUAUUAGAGGGCAGUAAAGGGCAUUAGGGAGGCGGUAGAGGACAGUAAAGGGCAUUAGGGUAGCUGUUGAUGGCAAAUAAGGGGCUUUAGUGCAGCUGUAGUGGGCAGUAAAGGGCAUUAGGGCAGCUGUAGUGGGCAGUAAAGGGCGUUAGGGAGGCAGUACAGGGCAGUUAAGGGCAUUAUUGUAGUAAUAAAGAGUAUUAGGGCAGCAGUAAAAAGAAGUAAAAGGCAGAAGUAGUGGGCAUUAGUGGGGGCAGUAGAGUGAGCGCCAUGACCUUACUGCCCGCAGCACUGCUUCUGCUGGUGCUGGCGCCUGUGCAUGGGCAGUAUGGUGACCGUGGGCUCUCAGUGCCUGAGCAUGGCUUCUGCCAGCCCAUCUCCAUCCCAUUAUGUGCGGAUAUCCAGUACAACGAGACCAUCAUGCCCAACCUGCUGGGGCACACCAACCAGGAGGACGCAGGACUGGAGGUGCAUCAGUUCUACCCGCUGGUGAAAGUACAGUGUUCGGCCGAACUGCGCUUCUUCCUCUGCUCGGUCUACGCACCUGUCUGCACAGUGCUGGAGAAGGCGCUGCCGCCCUGCCGGGCACUGUGCCAGCGUGCCCGGCUGGGCUGCGAGGCACUCAUGAACAAGUUCGGCUUCCAGUGGCCUGAGAGCCUGGCCUGCGAAUCUUUCCCUGUGCAUGGCUCUGGAGAGCUGUGUGUGGGUCAGAAUGCAUCCGAGCGAGGCUCCAGUGCUACCCCUAGCGCUGGCACCACCACCCUCACCCCGUCACCCCGCGACCGGCCUUCCGGAAGGCGCUACAAGUGCCCUGCGGUGCUCCGGGUGCCUCCCUACCUCAACUACCGCUUCCUGGGUGAGGAGGACUGCGCUGCCCCCUGUGAGCCGAAGCUUCCACAUGGACUCAUGUUCUUCACCGAGGAUGAGCGGAGCUUUGCCAGGCUGUGGAUUGGCAUCUGGUCAGUGCUCUGUUGUGCUUCCACCUUAUUCACUGUGCUCACAUACCUGGUGGACAUGAAGCGCUUCAGUUACCCCGAGCGUCCCAUCGUCUUCCUGUCUGGAUGCUACACCAUGGUGUCCGUGGCCUACAUGGCUGGAUUCCUGCUGCAGGAUGUCGUGGCCUGCAAUGAGAAAUUUGACAAUGAGUUCCGGACGGUGGUGCAGGGCACCAAGAAAGAGGGUUGCACCAUCCUCUUCAUGAUGCUCUACUUCUUUAGCAUGGCUAGCUCCAUCUGGUGGGUGAUCCUGGCGCUAACCUGGUUCCUGGCAGCCGGGAUGAAAUGGGGUCAUGAAGCGAUCGAGGCCAACUCCCAGUACUUCCAUCUAGCGGCAUGGGCAGUGCCGGCUGUCAAGACCAUCACUAUUUUAGCUGUGGGGCAGGUGGAUGGCGACGUUUUGAGCGGCGUCUGUUUCGUGGGCAUUAACAGCGUGGAGGCCCUACGUGGAUACGUGCUAGCGCCGCUCUUCCUCUACCUAUCCAUCGGAACGUCGUUCCUGUUGGCUGGCUUCGUCUCGCUCUUCCGCAUCCGAACCAUCAUGAAGCACGACGGCACCAAGACGGAGAAGCUGGAGAAGCUGAUGGUGCGGAUCGGAGUCUUUAGCGUGCUCUACACCGUCCCCGCCACCAUCGUCAUCGCCUGCUACUUUUACGAGCAGGCCUUCCGGCCACAGUGGGAGCAGACGUGGGUCGGGCAAUCAUGCAAAACGUACGCAGUGCCGUGUCCCACGCACAACCCACAGGUCAGCCCGGACUUCACCGUCUUCAUGAUCAAGUACCUGAUGACUCUGAUCGUGGGAAUAACGUCCGGCUUCUGGAUCUGGUCUGGAAAGACACUAAAUUCAUGGAGAAAGUUCUACACGAGACUCGCAAACGGAAAACACGGAGAGACGACGGUGUGAUGUAUGGAAUAUUCUUUUCUCUGGGGUCUUAUGGACCUUGUGGAUUAUCUAUUUUGUAAAUAAACACUGCUGAGGUAUUUUGUAAGUAUAUAUUUGUAUUUAAAAGCAUUUCUCAUUCGUUUUAUGACGGACGUCUUGGUUGAUAUGACAGCGUUUUUUUCCUGGACUAUAUCUUUGGAGGUGAUUUUGCUGAUCGGAAUAAUCUGCUUAGGACAGACUUCUGAGUUCCGACGAUCUGGUCCGAGAGGCUCUGGACCUUUUUAGAGGGAUGUAUUGUUUGAAUGGACAUCAAACAGACCACAUGAUGUGUGUGAACUCCUACAGUAAGGAACGCACUCGGGUUUAAGACAAAGAACUGUCAAUGUGCAACAUAAUUCAGUGAUUUCUAAGAAACAAGGCAGCAUGGAGUGAAGCUGGAGGGAUUCCUGGCUGCGUUCUGUUUCACACAGCGAUACAGGGUUUGUUCUUUAGUGCCUUUAUUCAUCUUUAGUUCUUACACAGACCGAACAGGAGACAGAUUCAGUCCAACAGCACCUUUUUUUCACUGAAAAUGAGAAGAGAUCUGAAAUUCAAAUCCAAUCAGAAACGAUUUCUCCCGUCAUUUAAUAUUCCUCCUCUGAACUCCGUUCAGGUCUAUUUUCCUUUGUUUAUAAUGCAUCUCUUUUCCAGUCCUGAUUUCACUACAAUGUGAUCAGAAUUACUCAGAUAAUCCAAAAUCUCUGCAUAAUUCAGUGGCUGAGAUGUAAACAAAGUCAUUCAUACAGAACCUGACUGCCUUAAAAUGGAGUUCACUGAGCUUCUAAUAACAGGUUAAUGGCCCAGUAAAAUAUGUGAUACUGAAUUAUUAUAUGAGCUUAAAUAAAAUCUACGUUUAAAUGCAGCCAAUUUAUGUAUCUUAUGUAACUUUGAAUCUGAAAUUUUAAUGCAUUUUCCUUCUGAAGUGAGUAGGGGGUGGGGUGGUGGUUGGGGGCACAUGAUAUUAUUGGUUUAUAUUAAUUUACCCUGCCCACUUGUGCAUGGUGACAUCAUCAAACAGCAGGAAAUGCUGCAAAGGUGGAGAUAAAGUCAUUACAUUUACAGAGAAGAUUACAGAAAAUCAGUAUUUAGUGUUUUUACAAUCAUUUGCAAAAGUUUUGGCACCCCAUGGUCAAAUUCCAUUUGUUGAUUGUGUGAAUAAGUUACACAUCCUGUACAGAGACACGCCUCUGCUCAUUUUAAUACACAGUUACUGUUUAUUUACUGAAUUUAAACUAGUGCAAAAAAUUAAGAUAAUAUGGAUUGAGAUCAAGUGCUCAACCACAUAGUAUUAGGGGCUCACCACAUAGUAGCUGGUGCUCACCACAUACUAUUGGGGGCUCACCACAAAGUAUCGGUUGCUCACCCCAUAGUAUCUGGUGCUCACCUGAUAGUAUUGGGUGCUCACCUGCUAGUACCGGGGUGCUUACCACAUAGUAUUGGGUGCUCACCUGAUAGUCAUUGGGUGUUCACCACAUAGUAUCGUUUGCUCACCACAUAGUAUCUGGUGCUCACCUGAUAGUAUUGGGUGCUCACUAUAUUGUAUCUGGUGCUCACCUGAUAGUAUUGGGGGGCUCAUCUAAUAGUACUGGGUGCUCACCACAUAGUAUUGGGUGCUCACCUGAUAGUAUUAGGUGUUCACCACAUAGUAUUGUUUGCUCACCACAUAGUAUCUGGUGCUCACCUGAUAGUAUUGGGUGCUCACUAUAUUGUAUCUGGUGCUCAUCUGAUAGUAUCAGGUGCUCAUCUAAUAGUACCACAUAGUAUUGCUAAACCUGAUAGUAUCAGGUGCUUACCACAUAUUUUCUAUUGCUCACAACAUAGUAUCUAGUGCACAACAAAUUUUUACCUAAAAAAUACACCAUUUUCAUUAGAAAUUCUAUGGUUUGUUAUUGAACUCGGGGUGUGAAUAUGUAAACCUUUGCAUAUGACCGAAUGAUAUGAUGAAUCAUGAUUGGUACGUUUUGAUUUCAGUUUAAAACACCCAAUCAUGUCACUUGUACUUGUUCGGACCAGGGGCUCGACGCGUGAAGUCUGUGUGAGAUGAACAUCACACUGUGAAGUGAGAACUGGAGGAGCUGAUUUAAAGUCUCGAACGCUCGGUUUGAACUCUGUCUGCAUGAUAGUGAGGUGUUCUGUCUGUAUUACAGCUCUGUAUGAACGUUUCUCCUGCAUUUGUAACACAAUCAGAAGAACUUUUAUAUUUAUAGCUCUUAGGUUUUACACUAUAUUCCUCACUUUCCUCCAAGGAAUAAAGUUCACAGCU